AUGGCACCUUUUCCUCCUCCACCAGUCAGCACAAUCGACUGGUCCAACGUCGGGUUCAAAGUCCGCGAAGUGAACGGCCACAUCGAAUCCACCUUCCGCUACUCCUCCUCCGACAAGCCAACAUGGAGCAAACCGCGCUUUGUCACCUCUCCUCACCUCUCAAUCCACGGCAUGGCGCCCGGCCUCAAUUACGGCGUGCAAUGCUACGAGGGCAUGAAAGCGUUCCGCCAACCAGACGGGAGCAUCACCAUCUUCCGACCCAACGAGAAUGCCCUGAGAAUGCAACGGUCCGCCGAGUAUAUCUCUGUGCCGCCCGUGCCGGAGGAGCAUUUCGUCGAGUGCGUGAAUCUGGCGGUAGGGAUGAACGCCGAAUUUGUCCCGCCCCAUGAGACUGGCGCGGCCAUGUAUAUUCGGCCGUUGUUGUUCGGGUCCUCUGCUCAGCUGGGUCUGAGUCCCCCGGAUGAAUAUACCUUUGUGGUAUUUGUCAUGCCAACAGGCGUGUACCACGGUGUCCAUGCCGUCGAUGCCCUCAUUCUGGAAGACUUUGACCGCGCGGCGCCGGAGGGAACAGGAAGCGCCAAGGUUGGAGGAAACUAUGCGCCUGUGCUGAGACACAGCGAGAGAGCUCGAAACCAGGGGUUCGGAAUCACUCUGCACCUGGAUAGCAAGACGCGCAGUGAGAUUGACGAAUUUUCGACAUCGGGCUUCCUGGGCGUGCGGAAGGAUGGCGACAAGACCACGAUUGUGAUUCCAGACUCGAAGAAUGUGAUUAAAUCCGUCACCGCGGAAUCUGCAUGCCAGAUCGCACAAGAGAUUUUUGGCUACAGUGUCGAGAGGAGGCGCAUCGACUAUAAUGAGUUGCCCGAGUUCAAGGAAGUCAUGGCGGCCGGCACGGCGGCGAGUCUGGUCCCCAUUAAAAGCAUUACGAUGAAGUCCAAGAAUGACAAAUUCGAGUAUCCCGUCAAUGAGAAGUUGGACCCUGGCCCGGUUUGUUCGCAAUUACUGAGCACGCUCAAGGGCAUUCAGCAGGGGAAAGUCAAGGAUCAAUUUGGCUGGAACUUCACGGUCACGGAGCCACCAAAGGACUUUGCCAAGGCUGCCACGAAUGGUGGUGUAAACGGUGCGGUUGAUGAGUUACCCUGA